CCCCCGCAGGAGGGAGGGGGAUAAGCCUGGGAGAACUCGGGACUCCGCAUGAGGGAGAGGGCGGCCCCAGACAGGCCAGAGGGGCGGGGCCGGGCUUGCACGCAGGCGCAUGCGCUGCGCUCUUUCCCCCCGCUCCUCCCCUCCCACCGCCUUCGUGUUUCCGGCCGCUCUUUUCUGCAUCCGGGGCACGAAAACUCUCCGUUGGGGCUCGGGCGGCGGCCCCCGACCGGAACCGGAAGUCGACACCGAGCCAGGCGGGGUAGCCGGCGUCCGACCCGUCAGCAGCGUGUGGCGGUCCCCAGGGGCGGCGGCCGCGCUGCUCCCUGCGACCGGGUCCCGCGGGCGGGCGGGCGGCCCGAGGGCGCGGCACCAUGAAGCUGUACAGCCUCAGCGUCCUGUACAAAGGCGAGCCCAAGGCGGUGCUGCUCAAAGCCGCGUACGACGUGUCCUCAUUCAGCUUCUUCCAGAGGUCCAGCGUUCAGGAAUUCAUGACCUUCACAAGUCAGCUGAUUGUGGAGCGCUCCGCGAAAGGCAGCAGAGCUUCCGUCAAAGAACAAGAAUAUCUGUGCCACGUCUACGUGCGAAACGACAGUCUCGCGGGAGUGGUCAUUGCUGACAGCGAGUACCCAUCCCGGGUAGCCUUUACCUUGUUGGAGAAGGUACUAGACGAAUUCUCCAAGCACGUGGACAGGAUAGAGUGGCCAGUCGGAUCCCCUGCUAGCAUCAACUACACGGCCCUAGAUGGCCACCUGAGUCGGUACCAGAACCCCCGAGAAGCUGACCCCAUGACUAAAGUGCAGGCUGAGCUGGAUGAGACCAAAAUCAUUCUGCACAACACCAUGGAGUCCCUGCUGGAGCGAGGGGAGAGGCUAGACGACCUGGUGUCCAAGUCCGAAGUGCUGGGAACACAGUCCAAAGCCUUCUAUAAGACAGCCCGGAAACAGAACUCGUGCUGCACUGUCAUGUGAUGGCAGCCUGCGGAGGCCCCCGUGCCGAGAUGGCCCGGCCAUCGGCAUCAGACCCGCAGCCCCUGGAGAAGCAGAGCCGCCAUGGAGAGACCCACGUGGGGACAUAUUUUCACUUGGGAGCUCCUGGCAGGAACUGAGGGGUCGUGGAAGGGCCCGGGGCUGGGGAGCAUUCAAACUUACGUGUCCGGUGAUUUUUGAAAAGCUCGUUUGAGGCCCCCAAAGGUGUAUUCUUGGGCCAGAUGAAACCAUAAACUCUGAGUGACUCACAUAGACGCUGAAGGGCUCGUCUCUAACCCCUGGGAAACCUGUGGGCCCGCGACUUGUGCGAGGCCCCCGGGGAGGUCGGAGCCAGGCUUGUUGGUCCUCGGUCCGCCUUGGAGUGGUGUUUGUGCGCUGACUGUAUUAACACUCUAGUAAAGCCAGGGUGAGCCCCGAUCGCAGGACGGAGGGGGCGGAGUGGGGGAUGGACCUACUGCGGGCGCAAUCGCGGGGGCUGAGCAGGCCAAGGCCCGCGCUGGGACGAGCCAGGCGCACAGAUGCACUUGUGCUGGACUGACUGCUUGCCGAGGGCGUGGCUCAUCCACAGGACACAGAUGCCUGUGGGGUGGGGGACGUCGGCCCUGCCUCGCCGCUUAGCUUUGCCCGCCGGGUCACAGCAGCGGAUAUUGUCUCUCAGCCCGUGUUCACCUGCCUCUCUGGCAACAAGACUGUGUUAGCGACCACCUGGGGCCUGCGUGCCUUAGCAAGUGGCCUUUGCCGUGGCCACCUUUCCUGGCCACCAAGACCAGGUGCCAGCCAUCCCGAGGACUCCCAGUGCCCCACGUGUGGCCUGAUCUCCGCAGGAGCACUGCUGAGAGCCCCCCCACCCCCGCCCCGCAGCACGAGCCCCAGCCCUGAGCCCUGCCCACUCCCUCAGGCCCCACCGCCAUGGUCCAGACUGCCUUCCCUCGUCUUGCAAUGCUUCCUGAGGAUGUGAGCCCGUGAAGCACUCUUGGGACCUGGUCGCCUCAGAAGCCCCUGCUGGGGCUGUGUCAGACAGGGUCUCGUCCUCUGGGGUCCUUCCCUGAGCAUGCUGGUUCUUGCCCUACCCAAGAGGUCCCGUUGUCCUGACACAAAGUGCCGGGCCCUAAAUUCCCUUGUUUGGACCAGAAGGUGGCACCUACGUGGCUUUGGAGGACCCCUACGCCUCACCCCAGCAGGUUUACCCACCGGCUAUCCUGCUCUGGGCACUGUGUUGGCCAAAGGAGUUGGCCUACCCCUAAAAUAGCCUGCCUGAGGGACCCCCUGGAACGCGCAGGCCCAAUCUGCUCACUGGUGCCCAGGGGGCUGUGACCUCCCCUUAGGAAGGACCGUGGUGUCUGACUCCAACUUUGGAGGUCGCUGGGGCAGAGCUGCAGGGAGGGCCCUGUGGGGGGUGGGGGGCUGGCUCAGGCCCAAACCAGCGUUUCCCCAGCUCCUGCGGUCCCUUGGAAGCCUUUGGCAAAGAGUGUAUUUUAGUAACUGCUGCCUAACUUCUCUGUUCUAUCUGAAAGAUUCUUAUCUGGAUAAAGUUGUCUUUUGG